AUGGCUGAGGAGGACUAUGGCUGCUUUGUGGACUGGACCCAAAUGGGGGACUUGGCCAAGAGCAGUGGCACCUCCAAAUUGGACAUCAAGGACCCUGUGGAGCUCAAAAAGCUGGCCAGGCAGGGCCACUGGGCCAAGAACCACAAGCUCCGUGCCCAGGUCUACCAGCAACUCAUUAAGGCCAUCCCCUGUCGCACCGUGACCCCCGACGCCGAGGUCUACCGCGACCUCAUGGGCGACGACACAGGUAAAAAAGCCUUGUCCGCCAUCCCACUGCCAGACUUUGUGGACGGUAGCGCUGUGCCGCACUACUGCCUCAAGGCAGACGCAGUGACCGCCGUCCACCGGGUCAUCUCCUGUCUGGCGGGACAGUUCCCGGACAUCUCGCACUGCCCGGCGCUUCCCGCGUUGACAGCCCUCCUGCUGCACUUCAGUGCCGACGAGGCACAGUGCUUUGAGCACGUCAGCCAUCUGUUGGCCUGCAAUGAGCCGGGCCGACGCUUUGUGGACCAGACCUUCCUGGCCUAUGAGUCCAGCUGCAUGACCUUUGGCGACCUGGCCAACAAGUACUGCCCGGCGGCCCACAAGAUCAUAGUGGCUACAGCGCAGGACGUGGUGGAGGUGUACUCGGACUGGCAGCGCUGGGUGCUAGGCGACCUGCCCUUCAGCCAUGUGGCUAGGGUCCUAGACGUCUUCCUGGUGGAAGGAUACAAGGUGUUGUACCGCGUGGCCCUGGCCCUGCUGAAGUUCUACCGCAAGCAGAAGGCCGGGGCUGGAACUCAGCAAUCAGAGGGCCAGAAACAGGACUCUGCAGGGGUCAAGGCAGAGAUCCAGGCUUUCGUCAAAGCCAUCAGCUCCUGCAUCACCCCGGACAAGCUGCUGGAGAAGGCCUUCUCUAUCCGCUUGUUCAGUCGCAAAGAGAUCACCCUCCUGCAGCUCACCAACGAGAAAUCGCUGCAGCAGAAGGGCAUCACCGUCAAACAGAAGAGGUGAGUAAGCAGGGCUAGAGAGACAGCAUCAGUUCUAUUGGGUCUAAUUUACAUAUAGAAAAAUGGUAGUCUACAACUCAAAUACAGUGGGGGAAAAAAGUAUUUAGUCAGCCACCAAUUGUGCAAGUUCUCCCACUUAAAAAGAUGAGAGAGGCCUGUAAUUUUCAUCAUAGGUACACGUCAACUAUGACAGACAAAAUUAGAGAAAAAAAUCCUGAAAAUCACAUUGUAGGAUUUUUAAUGAUUUUAUUUGCAAAUUAUGGUGGAAAAUAAGUAUUUGGUCAAUAACAAAAGUUUCUCAAUACUUUGUUAUAUACCCUUUGUUGGCAAUGACACAGGUCAAACGUUUUCUGUAAGUCUUCAAGGUUUUCACACACUGUUGCUGGUAUUUUGGCCCAUUCCUCCAUGCAGAUCUCCUCUAGAGCAGUGAUGUUUUGGGGCUGUCGCUGGGCAACACAGACUUUCAACUCCCUCCAAAGAUUUUCUAUGGGGUUGAGAUCUGGAGACUGGCUAGGCCACUCCAGGACCUUGAAAUGCUUCUUACGAAGCCACUCCUUCGUUGCCCGGGCGGUGUGUUUGGGAUCAUUGUCAUGCUGAAAGAACCAGCCACGUUUCAUCUUCAAUGCCCUUGCUGAUGGAAGGAGGUUUUCACUCAAAAUCUCACGAUACAUGACCCCAUUCAUUCUUUCCUUUACACGGAUCAGUCGUCCUGGUCCCUUUGCAGAAAAACAGCCCCAAAGCAUGAUGUUUCCACCCCCAUGCUUCACAGUAGGUAUGGUGUUCUUUGGAUGCAACUCAGCAUUCUUUGUCCUCCAAACACGACGAGUUGAGUUUUUACCAAAAAGUUCUAUUUUGGUUUCAUCUGACCAUAUGACAUUCUCCCAAUCCUCUUCUGGAUCAUCCAAAUGCACUCCAGCAAACUUCAGAUGGGCCUGGACAUGUACUGGCUUAAGCAGGGGGACACGUCUGGCACUGCAGGAUUUGAGUCCCUGGCGGCGUAGUGUGUUACUGAUGGUAGGCUUUGUUACUUUGGUCCCAGCUCUCUGCAGGUCAUUCACUAGGUCCCCCCGUAUGGUUCUGGGAUUUUUGCUCACCGUUCUUGUGAUCAUUUUGACCCCACGGGGUGAGAUCUUGCGUGCAGCCCCAGAUCGAGGGAGAUUAUCAGUGGUCUUGUAUGUCUUCCAUUUCCUAAUAAUUGCUCCCACAGUUGAUUUCUUCAAACCAAGCUGCUUACCUAUUGCAGAUUCAGUCUUCCCAGCCUGGUGCAGGUCUACAAUUCUGUUUCUGGUGUCCUUUGACAGCUCUUUGGUCUUGGCCAUAGUGGAGUUUGGAGUGUGACUGUUUAAGGUUGUGGACAGGUGUCUUUUAUACUGAUAACAAGUUCAAACAGGUGCCAUUAAUACAGGUAACAAGUGGAGGACAGAGGAGCCUCUUAAAGAAGAAGUUACAGGUCUGUGAGAGCCAGAAAUCUUGCUUGUUUGUAGGUGACCAAAUACUUAUUUUCCACCAUAAUUUGCAAAUAAAUUCAUAAAAAAUCCUACAAUGUGAUUUUCUGGAAUUAUUUCUCUCAUUUUGUCUGUCAUAGUUGACGUGUACCUAUGAUGAAAAUUACAGGCCUCUCACAUAUUUUUAAGUGGGAGAACUUGCACAAUUGGUGGCUGACUAAAUACUUUUUUUCCCCACUGUAAAUGGAAGUCUGAGGCAAUGAAUGCUAGUGCUUCUGCUAAUGCCAUGGUAGCGCCUUAGCUAAUGGCAGCGUAAAUAAACAUUAGACAUAGUUCUAAGGGAAACAGGCAAUAAACCAAAUCAGGAUGAGAGGCAUGCGCUUGCAAAACUGUGCAUGACCUAAUUUGCCACCAGUAAGAGGUGGCCAUUGUUCCUGGGUAUAUAAAGCUGGUACGACCUUCUGCUAAAAUAAUUUGGAUUGUCUAAUUGGUUCUCUGUUUUUAGUUUGCUUGCUCCUUUACCUGUUGUGGCUGUCUGUGUGGCUCUGGCUUGCUUUUUGUCAUUGAUUAUUUUCCUCACCUUUCUGUUCAUAGUUUUCUCCUUUUUUGUUCUCUCUUUCCUUUGCUGUCCCUUUUUUUUUCUUCCAUCCACCGUCUUCUUCCGUUUUCACCUUCACUCUUGUGUCCAUGUGUCGUCUACUGCUCAUGCUCCUCCAUUCUCCCAUGAACCUGGCUCUGUUAGCCUGAGGUAAGUGUCUGUCCUCCCUCUCGCUCCACUCUCUCUCGUCACCUGUUAACACUUGAGCUGACCUCCCUCAUUAGUGAUAAAUUGUAUUAGGAACCGUGUCUACAUUCUCUGUAAACUGUCCUAAUCUAUAAGUGACCAGGAAACAAGAUUUGGACAUUGAACACACUGUACCAUAGUCAAACCUUAAAAAUUGUGUGCAGGUUUAUUUUCUUCUCCUCAACACUCAAUUGAGUAGGCCUAAUUAAAGUCCCAGACUGACUAGCUGGUCCAAUCACCUUGUUUGAGAGGUCUGAAUUAGGUGCUGUUGGAUCAAGUCCAGCUCACGCUGGGGCCCUUCCAUUACCACAACCUCAUGGCCCUACAUGCGGUACAAAGACUACUUUGACUCUCCAAUCAGGAGUUUGUGUGUUACUAACAAAGUAGUCCUCUCCUUCCUGCCCGGUUACCAUGGCUACAGGCGGAAUGUGCAGCUGGCGCUGAAUCCGGACACCUUCUCCUCGGAGGUAGUCAGCGCCAAGGAGAUGAAGGACAUCUGGUCGUGGAUCCCCGAGCGCUUCGCCCUAUGCGAACCGCAGCUCCUUUUCACCACCUCAACCCACGGCUGCAGCCUCAACAGGUACUUACUGCCCACUUUUGUACCCACUUUACCAGUCUCAUUGUAGCCACUUUACCCUGCAGCCUAGGCUAACCACUAGACCAAGGGUGUCAAAUAAUGAUCCAAUGUGGCCCACAGGUGUUUUCUUAAGGGAAAAAGGUCUCAAUCAACCUACAUUUCUAUACAGACUAUCCAGCUUGCACCGAAACAAAAGCUGCCCUUACAAAAAUGUACCAUGGUAGUACAAUGGAAAAAAUACCAGAGUACUAUCAUGUUUUCUUUGUCACUACCAUGGCAGAAAAUACCAUGGUACUGGUGCAAAUACCAUGGUCUUUUCCUGCCAUGGUAGUGACCAAAAAAACAUGAUAUUAUUUUCAUUGUACUACAAUGGUACAAAAUGCACCAUGGUAGUACAAUCAAAAAACUACUAUGGUUUUGUACUAGUAGCAUAUAGUGAAACAUGAAAGCAUGGUAGUUGUUCAUGGUCUGUGUCCCACAAUUUUUCAGGUAAAGUGACCAAAAACAUAGUAAUUUAUGGUACACGCAUAAUGCAACAUUGACUACUCGCUCAGCAAUGGCAAAGCAUAGGACUAGUGUACCCUCUUAAACCCCUUUAGCUCAUAGUGAAAAACCACAACACAUGGUCUAGUAGUGUAGUGCACCCUCUUAAACCUUGGGACCUGGAUAGGGUAUGGUGAGAAGAAUGAAGGGAGUCUUGACACGAUACAGUUUAAAAUAAUUAAUUUAUCUGGUGCUUGUCUCUUCAAUACAGUUUUAGUUAGCUGUCGCUCAUUCAACUGACUACUCUUAUACAUUUCUAAAUAGCCAACAUGCUAAAAAACAAUUUGUAAAAAGUUAUUAAUUAGCAUCUCAACAUAUCCUUAACAACUGCAAGUUCUACUUCAUACCUUUCAGUCCGUCAGUACGAUUGAAAGUAUGGAUUAUUCCCUCACACUCCGUGCAGGUCGAGUAAUAAUAACAACAAAGUAAUAUCGGUGACGUGACAGCGUGGGAGGACGUGCCCCGCCGUUCAUAUAAAACCGUACUUCAGACCACGCACUUUCUUAUUUCUUCUCGCAAAGUUAGCUUAGCCGUAUCGUGCAAAUUGACUGCUCCGCUGCUCCUGUUUUUCGGAUUGCAUCUUCCCAGGUCCCGGUAGGAUAAGCUAAACUCUGUGUGAGUUGUGUGUACUGUCAGUCUGUCACCAUAUGCCUGUGACCUGUGGGUCGGAGCGCGAAAUUCUCCCUCCAAGGCUGUGUGACAGCUCUCCCCUACCUGUCCCUUAUAAUAUAGAGCAGGGGUACUCAACUCCUACCCUACGAGGUCCGAAGCCUGCUGGUUUUAUGUUCUACCUGAUAAUUAAUUGCACACAACUGGUGUCCCAGGUCUAAAUCAGUCCCUGAAUAGAGGGGAACAAUGAAGAAAUGCAGUGGAACUGACUUCGAGGUCCAGAGUUGAGUUUGAGGGAUGUAGAGGAUAUCGGGCUUCCUUGUCUUGUGCUGACUUAGCCCACCAGCUAGUGUGUGUGUUGGCAAGACAUCCUCCUCUGCCAUGCUCGUUAUCGAGGCCACCGGGUACUAGUCGUCCUUCAACAAUUUAAAACUCGUAUGGGUCACUUUCCCUAGAUAACUGCGUCUCAUAGCGCUUGUGCCAUCUAGGAAGGUUGUUAGCCAGCUAUACAACGUGGGAUUCGGACUGCCUCUCCCAGGCAUCCCUCUCCCCUGGUAUUGCUAGCACGCUACAAGCUAGCUAGCUUACCAACUCAACCUAGCUUGGUUUACCAAAACGACGCCCAUUCGUCCGUGUUUUGCAUAAUAAGACUACGUGUAAACACAGUAUUUCUCCUGCUCUAGCCCUGCAGUCGUAGCUAGGCUCACCAGAAAUGAUUUUGUGGAUGCUUUACAACUCCCACCAGAUUAUUGUAGCUCUCUACCUUUACCGUUUGUAUUACAGAGCAGCUACCACAAUACAAUCUCCGGUUACUAUUAUAUUAGUUAAUUUCAUUAAUUAGUAGGGGUUUGCCGAGUAGUCGGACAAAACGAGUAUCGUAACGGAUAUGGGCAAUUUUGGAUAUGAUUAUGAUCAGAGUAUUUUUUUUGUAAUUAUCUGUGUACGAGGUUCUAUGUGGUCUAAAUAACUGAACAGGCUAUUUUGCCUGUUUGUAAAGAGAAAGGCGGUCUGUACGUUGAUGCUGCUGCUCUGAUGGGAUAGAGUGAAGAUGAUCACUUUUCCUUGCAUGUUUUCGGUCUGAUUAUUUAGUUUUCUGCUGCCUGCUACUAUAAUAAAUCAUAUGGCGAGGACGUUUGCUGUGAUGCUAUCAAUGUUCAUAAUAUCAAGCGGGGCAAGGGUAGGGGAAAAAAUAUAAAACGCUGAUGCGCAUUCUGACUGAGUAAUGACAAACUUGGCUGCCCGCUGCAAGUUGAGGACACACAGACGCAUAGGUUGCACAACCCUCCUCGCGCUGCUCCUAAUCUGCAUAUUUUUUUGCAGUGAGAACGUGCAGGGAGGUAUUUUGCCAACAUCUACUUAGGUAUAUUAAAACAUCUCUGUUUUUUCCGAUCACCAGUAUCAUCCGAUCCGAGUAUCAACUGUGAAUUUAGGGGCCCUCAGAGGAGUCAGGGCCCUCUAGCAUUCCCUCCAGCAUGGGGGAUGCGAUGGAGGACUCCGAUAGCCGCGAUGAUGACCUGCUCUCCACUCGGGCAUUCAACCGGCAGUUUAAUGAACAGGAUGAUGACACGCCCAACAUGGCGAGGAAAGUGCCAACCAAUGUUGUGGACCCAUUCAGCGUAGUCAAAAUAUAACAAUAAUAUCAUUACACUCCACUUAAUUUGGUGUUUUAUAUCCUAUGCUUUAUAACUCACUCACUGUUAAGAUAAGGUUUAAAAUAAUUUGUUUAUCUGAUGCUUCUCUCUUCAGUUUUCAGUUGUCUCUCAUUCAACUGACUCACUGACUAGGCAGGCUAGCGCGAAAGCUACAGUGAGAGUGCGUGAAGCAACCACUAGAGCGAGCGGCUCCCUCUGCGGGCCGAAACAUGCACAACACCCCUUGACUAUAAAUAAAUGAUUACAAAAGGCCAAAGAUUAGGCUACCAUAUAUCUCAAAGGGAACCCAAACAUGUACAAUUAAUACAGAAAGUAUUACCCCUUUUUGACAGGAACUAUUUCAUUUUUUCUUUGAUGUUACAGACAAACUAGGACCAACAAUAGUAGCCGAAUGCCUCUAUCAGAAACUUGCCCAUACUCGUAUAUAAAUGCAUCAAUAUAAUGCCAACCAACCUCUUUUGACCUUGGGGGAGGGGAUUUAUUUGAUGCAUUAUACUGCCAUUGUACCAUGGUAACACACAAUUAAUAAAGAUGGUACCAUAUGAUAAUUGUUUGUACCGUUUAUCAUAAUUGUGUGUUACCAUGGUAGAAAAACAUUAAGAAUACCUGCUCUUUCCAUGACAGACUGACCAGGUGAAAGCAGUGAUCCCUUAUUGAUUUCACUUGUUAAAUCCACUUAAAUCAGUGUAGAUGAAGGGGAGGAGACAGGUUAAAGAAGGAUUUUUAAGCCUUGAGACAGUUGAGACAUGGAUUGUGUAUGUGUGCCAUUCAGAGGGUGAAUGGGCAAGAUAAAAUACUUAAGUGCCUUUGAACAGGGUAUGGUAGUAAGUGCCAGGCGCACCGGUUUGUGUCAAGAACUGCAACGCUGCUGGAUUUUCCACGCUCAACAGUUUCCUGUGUGUAUCAAGAAUGGUCCACCACCCAAAGGACAUCCAGCCAACUUGACACAACUUGUGGGAAGCAUUGGAGUCAACAUGGGCCAGCCUCCCUGUACAUAACAUUAAGGUGUUCUUAAUGUUAUGUACACUCAGGUUAAAACCAUGGUAUAUCCACGAUUCAGAUCUAUACCAUGGUAUAAAUGAUGCAAUCCCAUGGUAAUAUUUUGGUACAACUGCAGUACCAUGGUAGUACCAUCAUACUUCAAGGCUAAAACCAUGGUACAUUUCCGUAUCACUGAUAGGCUAUAUCACUGCAGAUAUGCAAUAUUAUCGUCGCAAUGCUGUAAUGUCGCCGAGCCCGACCCUAGUUACAACUGAUAUUCUGCCCACUUUAUAAUUGGUUCACUUCCUACUUUACCCUGUAUUGGGCCCAGUUUACCAUACAUCUUACUCUGUACCUUUCCCCACAGUCUCGGCUACCAUACCUACUUUACCAUAAAGGUGAAAUGUGCAAUUGGUAGGCUACAUCAAUUUUUGGACUUUAAAGUGAUAGUUCACCCAAAUUACAAAAUUACAAAUUGGGUACCCUGUAAGCAGUCUAUGGACAAGGUAUGACAGCAACCGUGGUGUUGGUCCUUCAGCUGGUUGAAAUUUGAGACAUAAUAUCAACAGGAAAGUAAUAUUAAAGACUUCAAAACGCUUGUCUGUGUGUGGCCAUCAAUAUGUGUUUGCUCAUGACCGAAGGCACAAGUACAAGACGGAGGUACAUGCUCGCGAUGCAUGCAUACUAACUGAUGUUUACAUGGUUUUGUGCCAGUUUAUAGAAAUUUCAACUUCAGUACCGGCGCUUUGGGUAAACAAUAUUUUCCUGUGGAUAUUUUCACACAAAUUUUGAGCAGCUGAAGGACCAACCGCACAGACAACCGGUAGAGUAAGUUCAAUUGUAAUUUUAAUGUCUUGUAAGGAAAAUGUCCACGAUUUUGCAGUGCUUUGUUUCAGAUUGUAUACCAAGAAUUGGCAUCAAAGUCUGAUUUUAUUAGGCAAGUUUCAGUUAUGAAUCAGCAAUGGCCGUUAUCCUUGCCAUUGUAGAGUCGGUCAGAGCUAUCCAAAGUACAUCACUAGUGGCAUUAAAGACUAUCAUACAGCUAGUGAAAAAAGCUGAUCUUUCAGACUCAAAUUCACACAUUUGAUUUUUCAAUAGGGAAUGGGUUAACUUUCUGAGUAAUGCUACAUAGAAAUCAUUGACCAGAGACACUGCAGUAUGAUCAUAAAAAAAUAUUGUAAUCUGACUUUGUAAAAACACUUAUGGAAUGUAUCGCGCUGUAGGCUAAAUGUAAUUUUGUUGCAUUUUCAGUUAAAAAGGUCCCAUCUUCCUUUUUUCUUUCUCAUCUUUAAGAUACAACAUGAUUGAUAAAGGGAAGCUUAUGUGUGUGUUUUUCAUAUGGAUACUUGCACGCAUGCAUGGCCAGAUUGUGUAAGUGAUGUGAUUAAUGUAAUAGUGGAUGUCCAUUCCUUUUGUCCCAGGUUCUACGCUCAUGUCGAAGGCUAUGAGCCCACUCUGCUACUCAUCCGGACCUGCCAAUCUGACGUAGGGACCUUACACACACUUAAAACUUGUGUGUGCCCUUACCCCUUCAUGUAACAGCAUAAUGACAACCACAGCAAUAGACUAGUAACUCUCAAGCUCACAGGAUUAUGACAUUGAAAAAGUAGGCAAAAAUGUUUUAAAUCUACAGUCGAGUCAGUUUUUAAAUCAUAUUGAUAUGGUAAAGACCUAUAAUUUAAUGACAUAUAUGAAUACAUGUACAGGCUGCAGUAUUUACUUCUUAUAAUAACAUUUUUGUGUGACUGAAUAAAAAAACUGUUUUUGGGUGCACCCUGUCUCAAACUGUCCUAUCCCUAUUUUCCCCUUCUGCCUUCUGACAUUGUCCAAUCCUUCUAUUUCCUAUCCCACUUCUCCAAUUGAUGCUUCUGUAAUACACCCUCUCACCACGCCCUGCAUUGUCUAUCCAGGUAUGUGGAGCCUUCCUCUCUACAGAUUGGGAGGAGCGCAAGCGAGGCGGGAACAAACUCAGCUUCUUUGGGACCGGAGAAUGUUUUGUCUUCAGGGUGGGUUGUUUAUUUCCCUAUUCACUUUAUGUUUCUCAUCCAAUUAGGCUAUGUGAAUCCACCAUUCUUUAAUUUUAUGUAUUCUUUUUGGGGAGUAGCAUGUUUUGGGAAUUCCUUUGGGUGCUUCCCAUAUGCAGUACCAGUCAAAAGUUUGGACACACCUACUCAUUCAAGAGUUGUUCUUUAUUUGUACUAUUUUCUACAUUGUAGAAUAAUAGUGAAGACAUCAUAACUAUGAAAUAACACAUAUGGCAGUAACCAAAAAAGUGUUAAACAAAUCAAAAUAUAUUGGCCACCCAUUGCCUUGAUGACAGCUUUGCACACUCUUAGCAUUCUCUCAACCAGCUUCACCUGGAAUGCUUUUCCAACAGUCUUGAAGGAGUUCCCACAUAUGCUGAGCACUUGUUGGCUGCUUUUCCUUCACUCUGCCAUCCGACUCAUCCCAAACCAUCUCAAUUGGGUUGAGGUCAGGUGAUUGUGGAGGCCAGGUCAUCUGAUGCAGCACUCCAUCACUCUCCUUGGUCAGAUGGCCCUUACACAGCCUGGAGGUGUGUUUUGGGUCAUUGUCCUUUUGAAAAACAAAUGAUAGACCCACUAAGCGCAAACCAGAUGGGAUGGCGUAUCGCUGCAGAAUGCUGUGGUUGCCAUGCUGGUUAAGGGUGCCUUGAAUUCUAAAUAAAUCACCAACAGUGUCACCAGCAAAGCACCAUCACACCACCUCCAUGCUUCACGGUGGGAACCACACAUGCGGAGAUCAUCCGUUCACCUACUCUGCAUCUCACAAAGACACGGCGGUUGGAACCAAAAAUCUCAAAUUUGGACUCAUCAGACCAAAGGACAGAUUUCCACCGGUCUAAUGUCCAUUGCUCGUGUUUCUUGGCCCAAGCAAGUCUCCUCUUCUUAUUGGUGUCCUUUAGUAGUGGUUUCUUUGCCGCAAUUCAACCAUGAAGGCCUGAUUCACGCGGUCUCCUCUGAACAGUUGAUGUUGAGAUGUGUCUGUGACUUGAACUCUGAAGCAUUUAUUUGGUCUGCAAUCUGAGGUGCAGUUAACUCUAAUGAACUUAUCCUCUGCAGCAGAGGUAACUCUGGGUCUUCCUUUCCUGUGGCGGUCCCCAUGAGAGCCAGUUUCAUCAUAGGGCUUGAUGGUUUUUGCAACUGCACUUUUCCGGAUUGACUGACCUUCAUGUCUUAAAGUAAUGAUGGACUGUCGUUUCUCUUUGCUUUUUUGAGCUGUUCUUGCCAUACUAUGGACUUGGUCUUUUACGAAAUAGGGCUAUCUUCUGUAUACCACCCCUACCUUGUCACAACACAAAUGAAGAAGGAAAGAAAUUCCACAAAUUAACUUUUAACAAGGCACACCUGUUAAUUGAAAUGCUUUCCAGGUGACUACCUCAUGAAGCUGGUUGAGAGAAUGCCAAGAGUGUGCAAAGUUGUCACCAAGGCAAAGGGUGGUUACUUUGAAGAAUCUCAAAUCUCAUAUAUAUUUUGAUUUGUUUAACACUUUUUUGGUUACUACAUGAUUCCAUAUGUGUUGUUUCAUAGUUUUGAUGUCUUCACUAUUAUUCUGCAAUGUAGAAAAUAGUAAAAAUAAAGAAAAACCCUGGAAUGAGUAGGUGUUUCCAAACUUUUGACUGGUACAGUAUACUCAACAAAAAUAUAAAUGCACAUGCAAUAAUUUCAUUGAUUUUAUUGAGUUACAGUUCAUAUGAGGAAAUCAGUCAAUUGAAGUCAAUUAUUUAGGCCCUAAUCUAUGGAUUUCACAUGACUGGGAAUACAGAUAUGCAUCUGUUGGUCACAGAUACCUUAAAGAAAAUGGGUCUCACAAUGGGCCUCAGGAUCUUAUUACGGUAUGUUUGUGCAUUUAAAUUGCCAUCGAUAAAAUGGUGUUUGUUGUCCGUAGCUUAUGCCUGCCCAUACCAUAACCCCACCGCCUCCAUUGGGCAUUCUGUUCACAAAGUUGACAUCAGCAAACCGUCUUUGGCAUUGUGUUGUUUGACAAAACGGCACAUUUUAGAGUGGCCUUUUAUUGCCCCCAGCACAAGGUCCACCUGUGUAAUGAUCAUGCUGUUUAAUCAGCUUCUUGAUAUGCCACACCUGUCAGGUGGAUGGAUUAUCUUGGCAAAGGAGAAAUGCUCACUUAUACUUUCCCACGGGGGGCCAGUAUAAAAAAAAUAUAUAUAUAUAUGUAUUCACUAACUGUAAGUCGCUCUGGAUAAGAGCGUCUGCUAAAUGACUAAAAAUGUAAAUGUAAAUGUAAACAAAUUUGUGCACAAAAUCUGAGAGAAAUAAGCUUUUUGUGCGUAUGAAACAUGGGACCAACACUUUACAUGUUGUGUUUUGUUCAGUGUAAUUUCACCUCAGAAUUGUCAAAUCAGUGACUAAGAGUGGACACCAGGUUGCAAGACUUACAAUAAUUAGCCUCCUUAUCACAAGUCUGGCCUCCACCCACUCUGAACGGAAAAGCAUGUCAGGUCCAAAAAUGAGUGAUAGAACAAAAUGUAGUGUACACUUUAGAGAGGUUUCACUGAGUGUACAUGAGCUAGAAAUAGCUUCAAUUCCAAGUCCUUCUAGCAUGAAUAAUUAAACUGUUGUGGUGUGGAUGAUGCGCAGCUGUGUGCUCUGUCGGUCUGCCUUUGAACAAUGCCCCACAUGCACACACUCAACGGAAACUCCUGUAACUGGAGCCUAACUGUAUAAUGCCACCUGAUAAGGCCCUCACCUGACACCACACACAAUAAGAUCAGGAUCGAGAUCAAUCAGACAUGCAUGUAGAGAGAGAGAGAGAGGCUGGGGAGAGGGAAUGAAAAAGCACCAAUUAUGACAGAGUAUUCAGUGUCCAGCUUGUAUCUGACUGAUUCAAGGUAACCCCUCCAGUAUGAAGAUCAUAGAAAUAUAAUGAAUAUGGCCACCGGUCUGUCCACUCAUCACAAAACAUUGACUUUAAUGGGGAUUCCUGUUCUAGUAAUUAUAUUUCAAUGAUGAAGAUAAACCCUCAAACGUGAGCAUUCCUCCCGGUUUGUCGGUGUAGCUGAAGCCGGAGAUGGAGAGGUAUGAGUGGGUGGUGAUCUGCCACCCGGAGCUGGCCUCCACCAUCAAGGCCCAGAGCAGUGAGGACCCUGCCGAGGACGAGGCGCCCCCCGACAGGCAGAACUCGGACGGCAACAGCCUUCCUGUGGAGAGGCCGGCCGCUGACCCAUCUGAUCGCCUGUCGCCCUUCCUCUCGGCCCGACACUUCCAUCUCAACUCCAGGAAUACCUCCAUGUUCAUGGCGGGCAACUUUGACUCUAUCAUUGUGGGUGAGUGGAAAUCAGUCCUUCUUGUUCUUAAAUCGAUCAAUCUAGCCAGAGUGAGUAAGAUGUACUCACCUAUAUUCUCAGGUCUAUAUCAGUCAUUGAUAAGGACAAUGCCACAAUUAAACUAACAUCUAGGAACUGAAGAUCCUUAUGGCCCUUGCCUGUCCCUCUGUGCCUCUCCUCUUCCUCUCACCCAGCGUCUCUGUUUCUUAAUUGAUCAAUCCGAUUGGCCAGUUCACUUACCUAGAUUAAGAUCAUUUUCCUGUCUUAACUCCUGCUGUUCGGUCUCCUGCCAGGGGGAGGCGAGGGAAACGCGCUGUACAUCGACGGUGAGCUAAACCACGGACACACAGCC